UGUGAAGCUACCAAUGGAAAACCAAGAGCACAUAGCAAUCUAUCACUAUGAUAUUGAUGAUGAAAAAGAGGAAGUAGAAGAGGUCUUAGAAGAAGUAGAUAAUGGACUGGACUGUUCAGCAGGCUUGACUCCUCCAGAAAGAAGUCCAGAGCAUGAAAAUCCUAGGAUGACAAGGCUUCCUACAAGAAAGAAUGAAGAUCCAGGGACUGAAGUAAAGAAUAAGAUGGAAAAUAUUGGAGCUAACCUCAGUAGUGCUGUUACUGAAAAGAAGAGAAGGAUGGAGGCAUACAUUAAAGGCGUUGUCAAGGACUGCAACAAGAGUAUCAAACAGCAUUUGAAAUUUCAUGAAGAUGAAGUGCGAGAGUUUAAAAUUGAAUAUACUGAGCAGAUUAUAACACUGUUCCAGCAAUGGGAUUUCGAUAUAAAGCAACUUGGAGACCAAGAAGAUAAACUGACUGCUAAUUUCCAUCAACAACAAAAGACUUUUCAACAAGCUAGAAUGAUUCAGAACCACAACCUGAAAGGACUUAAGCAGGAAAACGAGGAGUUUCUUAAGGAUUUGGAGGACUUGGAGGAUGGCAGUCUACUUACUAGCGUACGCAACGAAAUUAAAAAACAAAUGACUCUGUUGCAAAAAAAAAUUACAGGGAGUUAAAUAUUGAAUUGUAACAACAGGGAAUAGUAGAAGUUCCAACAUACUUUGUUUCUCUGAAAUACAAUAAUUAACAAAUGUUAUUCUGAUGAGUCUUGAGAAAAACUUGUACCUGAAAAAUAUAC